CGCGCCAGGUGGUAAUUGUCGUACUGUCGUGCAGCGAGUCACCACACGGCACGGGCAACAGUGACGGGGCGGCAGCUGAGACAGGUUUGUCACGGGCUUCCGGGCAUCGGCUGGGUUUCCUCAGCAACGGUCGCUACCUCAAAGAGCCGAGUCAUGUCAACGGCCGUCGCUCUGAUGCUGGUGGCGAUGUGUCGGCUGGCCGGGGCGGAGCCAGGCGCCAGCGCCGGCUUCGUACCGAACCGCUUCGGCGCCGCCACCGCCACCGACAUCAACGCCAUUUACACGGGUGAACCGUCCAGCUACGUGUCCUACAAGACAUCCAGCGGGCUCACCGUCUAUCCUGCCUACAACGUGACGCAGGUCAAGUCGAAGCACGACAGGCAAGGAGUGCUGCUAGCCACGGAGAGUCCCGCCGACUUCGCCUACUCAGAGAACAAGGCAGCAUACAGCUUCCCCGAGUACCCGCAGGAGGACUUUGCUGCCUACUCGCCGGAGGAGCUGCACCGACUGCAGACCAAGUGUUAUCAGUUCCACUACCACUACGGCCCGCUGUACGACGUCAGCCAGGCGGUGAACAGCGCAGCCUCGGGCCUGCGCCGCACCGUCCAGCAGACAGCCCACAACACGGCGCGCAAGUUCUACACCUCGACCAACCGGCUGACGCACGCCCUGCACGGAUCCGUCAACGGGUUCGCGCGCUUCAUGCGCUCGUUCGGUGGCAAGGUGCUGCUGAUCGUGGUCGGUACGGGCGCGGCGCUGCUGGUCGUCUCGCUCCUGCAGAUCUUCUUCACGGUGGCGUCCGGCGGCCAGGGUCUGUUCGGCCGCGCCGCCGCCGACGCCAUCGCCAGAGUUUCGGCGUGGGCGGCAGCGCGAAGCCGCAGUCAACGCUCCGCGCAAGCAUACGACGCCAUCAACGUGCUGUACAUGCUGGAGGAAGCAUUCCGCAAGAUGGAGGUGCACGACUACGAGUGCCAGCAGCGGCUGAUGUGUGAGGCGCACGAGGCCGGCGCCGUCGACAAGUACGGCCAGGUGGCCGCCCGGCUGCAGAAGAUCAUCGGGUCGGCUGACCAGGCCUCGCUGGAGGGCGCCGAGCGCGAGGUCGCCGACGCCUUUGCGGCGUUCCGGGACGCGGCCGUCCGCGGCGUGCAGCAGCGGGACUGCCAGCAGACCUACGCCGCCAAGUGCGCCAAAGGCCUGCGCGACUUCGUGUCGGCCGGCACCAAGUACUAGACGUCGAGUUGGCGCUCCGGCUCGGCCCGCUGCAGCUGUAACACGAUAGGCGCGCGCGCGCGCGGUCGGAGACACCGCCCGGGGCAGCCGACGUCUGGGCUGCACGCCGAAGCCGAGACGCGCCGCCAGAGGCCAUUGUUGGGAUCCGUUGGGAGGUGAAGAGAGCUCAGCUCGCGGACCGGGUCAGCAGGUGCGGCGCCGUCAGUCGCGCGUUGUCGGCGCCGACCUGGUUUGUUAAGUAGUUUUGCUAUCUGUUGCUGAUGAGAGUUAUAUUUAUAUAUUUAUUUGAGCUGCAUUCUGUUGUAAAUGCUGCGUGCUGUUACGGCUAAAUAUACUCAGAUGGAUUUUCGAGGCA